AUUACCGUUUUUUAAUCGGUUAAUCUCGCGAUACUUCAGAGUGUACGCGUCCGCAGCCUCGCGCACGCCGGAGGAGCUGAGUUGGAGGAUCAUGGCGGAGCGCAGGAGGCACAAGAAACGGAUCCAGGAGGUGAGCGAGCCCACCAAGGAGGAGAAGGCGGUGGCCAAGUACCUCCGGUUCAACUGCCCGACCAAGUCCACCAACAUGAUGGGCCACCGUGUCGACUACUUUAUUGCCUCCAAGGCAGUGGACUGUCUGAUGGACUCAAAGUGGGCCAAGGCUAAGAAGGGAGAGGAGGCGGUGUUCACCACCAGGGAGUCUGUGUUGGACUACUGCAACAGACUCCUAAAGAAACAGUUCUUCCACCGGGCUCUCAAAGUGAUGAAGAAAAAACCUGAGAAAGAAACCAAGAAAGAGAAGGAAAAAGAGAAAGAGAAGGAAAAAGAGAAAGAGAAAGAAAAGGAAAAGGAGAAGGAGAAGGAGAAAGAAAAGGAGAAAGAGAAGACCAAGGGCGACAGCGGCAAAGAGGAGGAGAAAAAAGGGAAGAAGGAGAAAGAGAAGAAGAAAGAGUCUGAGGCUGUUGAAACCAAGAAAGAGAAAAGCGAUGACAGUCCUGGAACUCCCAAGAAGAAGAAAGAGGUGAAGAAGAAGUUUAAACUGGAGCCUCAUGAGGAGCAGCUGUUUCUAGAUGGAAACGAGGUGUUUGUGUGGAUUUACGAUCCCGUUCAUUUCAAGACAUUUGCCAUGGGACUGAUACUCGUCAUUGCAGUGAUAGCAGCCACGCUGUUCCCGCUGUGGCCAGCAGAAAUGCGUGUAGGAGUUUACUAUCUAAGUGUUGCAGCAGGCUGCUUUGUGGCCAGUAUAUUGCUUCUUGCUGUUGCCCGCUGCAUCCUCUUCCUGAUCAUUUGGGUCGUGACCGGCGGGCGCCACCACUUCUGGUUCCUCCCCAACUUGACGGCAGACGUCGGUUUCAUCGACUCAUUCCGGCCGCUCUACACUCAUGAGUAUAAAGGACCACGAGCCAGCAACAAGAAGGGCUCGGACAAGACGGACGACAAGGACAACGGCGGCAACAAGGCUCAGAAGUCAGACAGCGACGAGAAGUCAGACAGCGAGAAGAAGGACGGCGACGAGGAGGAGGAGGAGGAAGAGGAGGAGUGCAAAGAGGCCGAGGAGAGUAAAGAAGCAGAGGGGGAGGGAACGGGCGCGGACCGCCACUCCGACACAGACAGCGACCGCCGGGAGGACGAAGGCUCGCAGCACAGCAACGGAAACGAUUUUGAGAUGAUCACCAGGGAGGAGCUGGAGCAGCACACAGAGGAGGAGGAAGAGGGUGAGGAGGAGGAAGAGGAAGAGGAAGAGGAGGAGGAGACGCAGGAGGAGACGCAAGAGAGGAAAGAAGGGGUCGAGAGUGAGACUAAACCCCAGACUGCUGAAACAUAAACUUCUUACAAUCCCAUCACUCUCUACUUUUUCUCUCUCUCUGUCCUUCCCUCCCUUUGUCCUGUGAUCCCAGGACCUGCUAGUCCAGCCUCUCUGAGCCUGCCGAGGCCAAGGAGAGGCUCCAUCUCUUCUUGUUGAGAUCUUCCACUAAACAGUACCGAUAGACCAGUACAGGGAUAGACACAACGGUGUAAAGUGAAACGGCUACGACAAUGGGGGAUAUAAUUCUAAAAAGAAGCCUUACGGUGGAUCCGAUUCCUCCCACCCAAAUGUUAUUUAUGUUAAAAUGGAAAAACUGCCACCGACACGUUUGCCUGAGGAAGUUGUCAACAAAAAAAACAUCAGACCAACAACAGCGCGGAUGGAGGGUUUUCAUUUCUUUGUCCUUUUUGAUUUCUCAUGUCAAGUUUCUUUUUGUGUCAUUUCAACUCAAAAUAUUUUAUUUAUAUCCCCUCUCUUUGGUUACACAAUACAUUUGGAUGUGAGGUCAAAGCCAGAUCUUGGAUAUAGUUGAUGGAGAAGAGCUAUCAUGCUAAACUGACCAGUAAGACGAGACGUGCUCGUCCCCCCUUCUCCCUCUUUUUUUUGUCUUUCGUUGUCGUUUUUGAGUUCCAUGUUGUUGGUACAAUCACGUUAGCCAGAAAAGCCCCUGGUUCUUUCACCUUUUUUUGGUGUUUUGGUGAGGCAACUAUGGCAAGAGCACGCUUCACAUCAUGUUGAAUGCCAGUGAGUCUGAUAGCUUUCUCAGGCAGCCCUUAAAGCAAACUGACCUGCUUUGAAACCUGAAACAAGCCAGAUGGACCAAAAUCCUGUAAUUUACUCGAACGAACCUAAAAAUCAACCAUCCCGUGGCUGGAUGGAGUAUUACGAGAGCAGAGUAGUACGUUCUCCUUGAGGUACUUGCCAUUCAGUAAGAGAAAAUGUUUGUUUGUUUUUUUGAAAUGGCAGAUGAUCAUAGUGCAAUCCUCUACACAGUCUGAAGUAGAUCAUGUUUAAUAAUGUGGGACUCAUCUUUAAGAGUAAAUUUGAGCAACUGGGACACAGCUGGCGUAUGUCAUUUUCUUUUUUAAAAAAAGAUUGCAGCAUUUGUUGUACAACUAAAAGCUAGAAGAUAUUAAGUUCACUGAUUAACUGUCUAUUUGCAAACGGAACCAGAUGUUAAGUAAAAAUCUAGUGCCAAACACGACUAUGUUAUGCAUGCUGACUUAAUAUGGAGAGGUGAAUGUGACAGCGAGGGGUACAUUUUUUUAAAUUCGUUCAUUUUGUAACCGCAGUGUCAAACUCCUAACCUUUCGCAUCUCUGAAAAAAUAAAGAUUAAAAAAAGCACAGCACGAUGUUGUUAGUGUGUAGCUAAACAAAGAUUUUUGGUCUCAAUGAAACCAUUUAAAGGUGUUCGCACUAGACUCCCAUCCAAACCAGUUCUGUCUACAAGCCGUCAUGUGUGAAAAUAGUGGUACUGGUCCACUGAGCAGACUACAGUUUAAUUUCCAGUCAAAGCCUAGUAACUGGCGGCCGUGGUCCAAACUGUUCCUUCACAUUAUCUUCUGGCUAGAAAUGUCUUAGAUGCUCUUUUUAGUCAUAAUAAAGAUUAUAUUUAAGUUUAAAAAAAUAGAAAUGUAUCAUUUAUAUAUGGAUUCUAUUGAUAUAUAUAUAUACAAUAAUUACAGUCUAAGAAACUAUAAAACAACUCUUUUUUUCCUUUUAAUUUUGUAUUAGGAGGUAUAAUUUUGUAAUGUGCAUUUUUGUUUUUAUACGAUCAUAAAGAGCAAGCUCAUCAUUUAAAGGUAACAUCUGGGAUUAGAAAACAGUGGGAAUUUAUUAGAUAACAGUUUUUUUUUUUUUACAUUCAUCACCGUAACAUUGAACAUGUGAUCUGGUUGGUUUGUUGACACAUCUGUAUUUCUCUCACUAACAAACGGUCAGUCAUUAACCAGAGCUUAUAAGACCGGUGGCUUGUGUAACACUACUGGUUCCAAGUUAAUCUGACGUGGCAAAAAAUCUCACAGUGAAGAAUAUCUUACUAUAUUCCACACUGCUUUCUGUACAGUUAUUUGUUUUGCCUAAAAAUGAACUCACUUGGACUGUAUUUAGUAGUUUGUUCUGUCUCCUGUAAUCCCACUGAGGUUUGUAGCUCUUCGACUUUCUAUCUCACACACCUCCAUGUUGUUGUUUCUUUUCUAAUAUCUUUGUAUUUUUUUUCUUCCCCAAACGGGCAAAGUGCAUCUCUGUGUCUUGAGUUGCCAGUUGCUGUACUCUCAAUAUUGGCAUAACCAUUUAACAAAUGGGAAAAAAAAAGAUUCUCCCAAUUGUUCUUGACUGUUGCACAGUAUCGGUCUGUUGUAAAUUGUAGUAUUAUUACUCUCUAUGCUGCUGCUUCUCAUCGCACAUUUCUGGGGGAAAUAAAAAAGUGAAAUUGUAAAACAUCUAUGUUUUAUCUGUGGUCAAAAACUGUGUCUUUUGAUCACCUAGUUGUCCACAUUUGGAUCAAUAUCAUCCUGAAGACUGUCAUGCAAUAUUGGAGUAUAAUUUAAUAAAACUGGAUGUCUGGAAAUAUAUCUGUAUCUUAUCAUUGCAAUAAAAAUAUAGAAAGCACAA